AUGCAUAUUUUCAUCAAGGAAAAUGAGUUGCGUGCAGAAAGAAAGACUGGAAAGAUCUACAAUGCGAAAAAUCUUUCAGGACCAAGCAGGUUGUCUAUAAGUCGCCAAAUGAAGCGUGAGACUCUCAAUACUCAGAGCCGUCAACGAAGGAAGAAAAAUGAACAUUUGAUUGACCCGUUUCUGCGACCACCGAUUUGCCUGCUGAUUAUUGUCGUUGGACUAUUGAAAGAGUUUUAUAUCAACUUUGAACUUUCCACCCCUCUCACAGUCCUUGGACUGAUUUUUCCGGAAAAACUCGCGAGCCAACAUGAAAUAUCCCUACAGACUGUCAAUAUCAUUCUCAUCGCUAUUCUUAUCACCGAUACGAUCCUUAUUUUCACCGGGGUUAUCUGGCUGUACAAGGGAAGGGAGGAAAUGCUUCUCUAUGCACAGAGAAGUCAAUACAUUCAAUUAAACCCAGUAAAAGUCGCGAAUGGAUAUGGGUCAAGUAGCACUGUCUAA